AUGUCGCAUAGCGUUGGCACCUCUACCCGCUCCCUGCACGCGGACGACCUGCUCAAUGUCGUAUCCGACGUCGCCCCGCCGUUGCACCUGUCCACUACCUUCCGCUACUCCAACGAUCCCGAAGCACUCGUCCCUGCGGCAGACGUGAGCAGCUCCGACGCCGACCACACCUCGCACAUCUACUCGCGCCUCUCCGCGCCCAACCCCACCCGCUUCGAAACCAUCCUCACAGCUCUCCUCAACGGAAACACAAUCUCCUACUCAUCAGGACUGUCCGCCCUCCACGCCGCACUUACCCUCCUUAACCCACGCCGCAUCUCCGUUGGCGAGGGUUACCACGGCUGCCAUGGUGUCAUCGCCCUCUUCACCCGCCUCACUGGCCUGCAAAAGCUCGACCUAGACUGCGCCCCCGACCAGCUACAAGAAGGCGACGUCAUCCUCCUCGAGACGCCCGUGAAUCCCAAAGGCACAGCCUUUGACAUCGCCGCGUACGCAGAGAAAGCCCACUCGCGCGGCGCAUACCUCAUCGUCGAUAGCACCUUCGGCCCGCCCGGCCUGCAAGAUCCGUUUCUCUUCGGCGCAGACUUGGUCAUGCACUCCGGCUCGAAGUACUUCGGCGGCCACUCCGACGUACUGUGCGGCGUGCUCGCCACGCAGCGCGCAGACUGGCACGCGCAGCUCCUCAAGGACCGCAUCUUCCUCGGCGCUGUGAUGGGGAACAUGGAGUCGUGGCUGGGCGUGCGUAGCUUGCGUACCCUUGAAGUCCGCGUCCAGCGCCAGAGCGAGAAUACCACCCGCCUAGUGUCGUGGCUGCAUGCCGCGCUGCACGCGCCUAGCCCCGCGCCGGACUCUGCCGAGGCUGCCGUGCAGGCUGUCCUGGCCGAGGUUUUCCAUGCCUCUGUGCAGGAGACGCAGGGCGAUUGGCUGAGCAAGCAGAUGCCCAAUGGCUUCGGGCCGGUCUUUUCGAUUACGAUGCGCGACGAGCGGCUUGCGCGCCAGCUGCCGAGUAAACUGCAUUACUUCCAGCAUGCCACGAGCCUGGGCGGGGUCGAGACGCUGAUCGAGUGGCGGACCAUGUCGGAUACGACGGUGGAUCGGCGGUUGUUGAGGAUCAGUGUGGGCUUGGAGAAUUGGGAGGAUCUGAAGGCGGAUUUGGUGAGGGCUUUUAGGGAGUUGGGGAAGCUCUGGCGUGAAAUUCGAUAA